AUGCGUUUACGUCAUGCGUGUAUUGAAGUGUCUGCAGCGCGCGGGGUUUGUCGAACUCUGUUGGCUAUUGUAGCUACAAGUGAGGAUAACGACAAUAUAACUUUCGACGAGUCAAUGGUGUAUUUGCACGGCUUUCCAGAUAUGAGCGUGCAUCCAACCGAAGUAAAGUUUGCCUCUCGCAUGGCAGCCAAAUUGGCCGAGUGUUGGGUGAAUCAGAAGGAUCGGAAACACGUGUUUGUAACUUUCAAUUUUGGCGGAGUCCCUGGAUCAGACAAAGAGCUGCGUUUUACAGACAAGCGUAUAUCUUUGGAGGUUGAGGAUGCGAUCGUCGUUUGCAAGUACGUCCGCUCACACUUUCUGGGUGGAAAAGGCAAGGUGCACACCGUGGGUCUUUCUACUGGAGCCAUCGUAGGUGCUUUACUGCGGGAUAAAAGUGUGUCGGAUACCGUUACGGUGAUUGCAGGCCUGCUGGAUAUGACAAAGGGGGUCCACUUUGAUUUUAAUAAGGAGCAGUUGAAGCAGGCUGAAAAGCAAGGUUGGUGCUGGAAAGAGUUUUACUUGGAAGAAAAUUGUCCACUACCCAAAAAUGUUGAGCUAUCACUGGAUGGCGUUCAAGCUACCACAGCUCUGACUGACGCAAAUGCACCAUCGAAGAUUUACAUACGUUUGGAUAAGAAUUACAUUGACGAGUUUUUCGAAGGCUCGCUAGACAUAUCUAAAGCUGUGUCAGGGAUUUGUCUGCCACCGCUGCUGGUGAUUCAUGGUGACGCAGAUACGGAUGUUCCUCAUGCAAAUGGCGAGGAGCUAUUUGCAGCGGCAGCUGAUCCGAAGUCUUUUUUGUUGAUACCAAAGGCAAAUCACAUGUUGUCGAACUCGAAGCAUAUAAAAAUAGCAUUGCGUGAGAUUCGAGAGCACGUUGCGGUCUUGCAUUAG